GUGAAAGUGAAACUUGAAACAAAGCAUACCAGUACAGUGCUACUUUAAAGCACCUCAUUUUCUUUGAUUUGGUUCCUUAUCAACAAAAUAGUGGAUUUAUUACUGUGAUAAUCCUUUGAGUAAAAGCUAUAGAAAACCACAAUGGAGAAUAUUCGAAGGUCAAAACUUAAUCUUCUUGAAUGGUUAACCAAUGAUCCAGAUUUUAUUCUACAAGUGGUACAAGAAGAUGGUCUAAUUACUCAGCGAGAGUAUCAAAAACUGAAGGCAGAGAAUGAUCCUGAAAAAAGAAUCAUAAAUCUUCUUGAUAUUGUAAUUGGAAAAGGCAGUUCAUCCUGUGAGCACUUCAUGCGUGUUCUGCAGAAAGAUAAAGUUAAAGAGACCUAUCCAAAGCUGACAGAAUGGCUUUCACAUAGAGAACAAGUGAUUAAGCUUAGUGGACAACAUAUUAUCAACGCUGAUGUUCAUGCUGCUGGAGGUUCCUUUGUUGUGUGUCCCAUAAUCCAAACUGAUCAACAUUUGAGUACCUCAAGUGUCAGCAUACCUUUGAAUAUUGGUUCACCCAGGAAUGACAGGAGUCUGCCAAACAGUCUGACUUCAGGUUCCACAAAGGAAAUAAGUGUCAAAGAGUUGGAGGAUAAAGUAGCAGAUAAGAAAUCAUUUCUGAUCUUGAACUGGAGUAAUCUUGUUCAGAAAGUAAAAAAUGUCGAUGAACUUGCCGAUCAAAUGAUGGGAUACGGCCUCACUAAUGAAAUGUAUUCUGAAAUCUUGAGCUGCAGAACAUCUCAGGAGAAGAUGAGGAAACUUCUACAAUACUCAACAACGACUGAUGUGGUUUCAGGGCAUCUGUUUACAGCAUUGUGCACGUUGCAUAAUUAUGUCAUACAAGAGCUAAUUCAAUAAGACUAACAUACACUGUCUGAGAUUAUUCCUUACUUUAUCUAGCUAAAAUGUGGCUUGGUUUUAACUGUGUUUGAGUCCUAAAUUGUAAAAACUGCAUUCAAAAUUCAGGGCUAUAAUCUUUAUGUAAGUAUUAAAAGUAGAAUGGGCAGAUGCCAUUAAGCUGGGUCUCCACCUGUAAUACAUUCCAUCCCCUCGUCAUGCAUGGUCCUGGGGUCUUGCUUCCUCAUGUAUACACAUGGCAUUUUGUAUUCAGACCAGACCCCCUGCAAAGUAUUGUAAGGAGAUAGCCUAGACCCUAACUUUUAGAUUUAUUUAAAGGCAAAUGUAAGGCACUGUGUUUCAGAUGUGAUUUGAUUGGUCCACCACUAGGCUUUUGUGAAAAAAAAACCUUAUUCUUACAACACAGCUAAAAUACAAAAGAAAGAAAAGAAUUGGAAUAACUUUAACUCUAUUGAAAUACUUAACAAGAUAAUGUGUGAUUUAACCACUAAUCAUUAACUGUUCCAAUAUAGGCAGCAUCCCACAAAACUCAGCUUUUGGUAAAAACGCAAUUCAGCAAAACAGUUAUGGAUCUCACGUACUGUUUCUCUCCAGUCUAGAAAAAAGAAACAAUCUGCCUCGUUUGAUUUUUAAGACGAAACCUCGCUUUCUAAGACUACGUGCUAGCAGCCAGGAACUCAAGCUUUUAGCUCAGCAGCUAGCAGAAACUUUUUCACUAACGGAAAGCAAAACUAAAGUCCUUCCUGGGCCUGAGAGAGCCCUGACCCCACCCACUCAUGAUUUUUUGUCUUUAUUAACAAAAAAGGGAUAACUCCAAGCUGUUUACCAACUGCAUUUCUGAAGGAGACAUUAUGUCACCACUGUGGCAACAUCCUUCUGCAAGAGAAACUGCUCAGAACACAGCUCUCUUAUAGACCACUGUCUCAUCACAGUUUCCAUACGGGAGUUGUAAAACAGCAUCAUGUGAACUAUUGCCAGAUUUCCUCUGGCUAUCCCCGUGUGAAAUGUGGACUUGGCAAAGACUAUGAAAAUUGACAUGUACACCUUGCUCCUGGUCAGCAAAGGCACCUCAGAGGGCUAUUUCUGGUUAUGCCUAUGCUUUAAAAAAAAUGCCUGUUAGACAUCGGGGUUGGAGGAAAAUGUACAGUGGUGUAUUAGUUGACCAUGCAGGAAUGAAGGAAUGCAUGGAAAGGAACUGCUGUUGCUUGAUAUAUGAAAUAAAAAGGGAUUUAUCAA